GGCACCGUCGCUUAACUUCCGGUAUACUUCCUGGAUUGUUGUGUAGCCGCGUUAGCCAUUUCAUGCUAAGCAGCGUGCUCAGCGUCACAUUGAACUCAGGAGAAGAACGACGGCUCCCCAAAACAAAAAUAAAUGCCAUCGAGAAAUCAUCUGGACAAAAUCGGGAGGAAAACGAAGAAGAAAUGGACAGAGGAGUCCAUGGAGCGAGCGCUGAUCGAGGUGAAGUCUGGGCGGUGCACAGUGAGACAGGCUGCAAAGCAGUUUGGAGUCCCGAAAUCGUCACUGGGGGACAGAGUCAGUGGACGGGUGACACCGGGGAGUCGCAGCGGGCCAGCUCAGCUUAUAACAUCUGCGGACGAGGAGCUUUUGGUGGAGUUCUCUUUAUACAUGUCCAAGCAUGGAUUUCCGCUGACUAAGCAACAGCUGGUGUCGUUUGCUUCGUCCAUUUAUAAGCGGCAGCAUCGGAGGGUCGCGUUCUCCAAACUAGGACAGACCUGGUGGCUUAAUUUCCGAAAACGGCAAGAAAACAAUAUAACAAUUCAGCCAGCGGACAACGUUGUCCGAGGGAGGACUGUGUGUGUUAGGAAAGAAGCAGUGGACCAGUUUUUUCAUUUACUGAACACCGUCAUGGACGCUCGAGAGCUCCGAGACAAACCUCACCAGAUCUUUAACUGCAACGAGACAGGCUUUCAGCUCAGCAGGAGGAGGGUGAUUCUCCCCAAGUCUACCAGCCAGGGCUACAAGCCAACGCCGGGUUUAAGAGAUCAGAUCUCUGUCCUGGCUUGCUUUAACGCAGCUGGAGAGGACAUUCCCCCGUUUAUUAUCUACUCAAAGGCCUACCCAGGAGGGGUUUGUUACAAGACACAAGGGCCUCCGAAUGCUCUCUACGGAUGGUCAGACACUGGGUGUAUCAACUCUGAGCUUUUCAAGAAAUGGUUCCUCAAACACUUCCUUCCAUGCGCACCGAAGGAGCGUCCCCUGCUGCUGGUUUUCGAUGGCCACAAGUCUCCUGUGAACCUCGAGGUGGUGGAAGCGGCUCGUAAAGAGGACGUCAUCUUUCUCUGCCUUCCCCCUCAUUGUUCUCACGUCCUGCAGCCACUCGAUGCAGGGCUCUUUGUCCUACUGAAGCAGCGUUUUGGGGCCCUCAUAGGGGACGGUUGUGCCACUGACACUCACUUUGCAGUCAGUAAGAAGGAGUUCUCAGGUGUGUUUAAAGGAACUUAUCAGGUAGUGGAGGAGGGUGAGGGUAUCAGGACUGUUAAGGAAGGCUUUAGGAAAUGUGGAAUCUACCCGCUGAACCAGUUUGCUAUAAAUGAGGGUCAUUUAACGCCGUCCCACAGCUUUGGGUCGGCAGCAGGAGUCUCACUUUCCACAUCAGCACAGGGGCUGCACGGUAUAAGGGACAUUACAGCUUCUGGACCCUCCUCUUAACUCCUCAUCACCAGAGAGACUACUGUCAAGUACAGAGAUGGACUAAUUUUAUAACAUGGGGAUAAACACGAUGAAUUUGAUCAUCUGAUCUGACACACUGAAUGUGUUGACAGUCCUGUACCUCCCUCUAGAGCGCUCUGUUUGUCUGUCAGCUCAAAGAAAACAAGCUGUGCUGAUAUUUUCUAUGUUAUGCUCAGAUUCAGAAGUUGAAUAACAAAGGUUUAAGUGUAGUGGAGUCCAAGUUUAAAGAAAACGUUUUUAUUUCUGAUACUAAAAAAACUACAUCUUACUUUCUCUAAGAUUUUUUUUAUUUUUUAUUUUAAAAUGUUGUUUACCUUUACCCCUUCAGGCCCUCAUGAUAUUAUUGAAAUGGAACAUAUAAAAAAAGUCUUAAGUUGCUCACUAAUCAUAUCCCCAUGAAGCCAGACAGGGAGUCAGAGGUUUAAACAAGCCGUAACAUUCAGAACUGUAGAACACAGUAACUUAAGCUCUGUCUUUUUGUCUUGUUUGUGUUUAACUCCAUGAAAGCUAGCUAAGCUAACUCACAUCUAGCAGUAUGGAUACGGACAAAGUUGUGUUUAUUUUCUGAUUAACUGGAUCCUUGAUCAAAAGCUUUGAGCUAGUUAACAUGCUGCAUGCUGGGAGCUUGUUUUCUGGUUGUCCUCUGUGUGAUCAUAGACACUUUUUAAAAUUGUUUAAUGUGUCUUCAUUCAAUUGACACAUUACAGCAUGAUCAGAUCACCUUAUUUAAUGGGCCAUAAUCUAAUGGGUCUAAUUAGCAAUGUUUCCUUUGUGUUGUUCAGUCAUGAUGUGUGAAACACACCGAGAGAUCAGAGGGGGGAACAAUGUUUUUCUAAACGUGUAGAAGAGAAAUGGUACCAUCUCUGUGAAACCACUUAGGCUGGAAUCUGUUAUUUCUUUGCUCAAAUAUUCUGGAUGUACUCGAGCCAUUAGGAAUGUUCUGUGUAACCUGCUGCUGGUUUGUUGAUGGGUGUCUAUACAAAUAUGUGUUCAAAAACGUCGUGUUUUCUUUACACACAGAAGAACAGACCGACAGAAUUAUGUAAAGGGGAAAAAACCUGAAUAAAUGAAUUUUGUAACUAUUGUUGUUGCACAAAUGUGUUCCAUAAACUUAAUAAUUUACUGAAGGGGGGGCGUGUGUGUGUGUGUGUGUGUGUGUGUGUGCUGAUAAAGUCAGAUGAUGUAAUAUUGCUGCAAUGGGUCUGGCUGCAACAAUACACAGACAAGGAGCCCUUCUGCAUUUAUAAAUACUUAUAAUUACUCUGUAGAGAGUUUGUCUGCAUUAGAAAACACUGAGUAUGGCUUAAUCUAUAAUUAUUGAAAACUUUUUAUGAAUAAAAUCCGAAAUCUAUGCUG